AUGAUUCCUAUUUCUUUUUUAUGGGUGUGGUUUGCUGGUGCUUUAUUGGCUCAACAUACUGUUUACGUGCGCAAGGAUCUUACUACUAUUGAAGAUUUAAGUCAAGGAAGAUUCAAAAGAUUCAAAGCACUUGAAGCUUACAAUAAAGGUGAAAGCAAAUUGAACCCAGUUCAAGCAUGGUUUUUGAAAAGGCAAAAACGACCUCCGAACUGGUCUUCCGGGCAAAGGUUUGUUAGUAUAGCUCAUGAAGACUUUAGAUUGGUCGUUGAGUUUACUGUUUUCGAUAAUGCGUAUUCAUUAGGAUGGAAACGAAAUCUUAUCAACUUAAUCUUCAACGAAAACAGUCAUCACAAAGAAAACGAAGAAACUCAAUUCUAUUCUAAUUCAAAGUACUUGAUGGCCCUUUUCAUGUAUUUUAUUCCAUUAGUUGACUUGCCGUUACUCGCAUCAUGGAGACUACAUGAUUCGUUUGUGAAGGCACCAGAUGAAUCCGACGCGAAAUUCUACAGUAGAAUUAGGCCGAAAUUCAAUUCUACUUUUAAUGAAUAUUUAAGAGGAAGAGUGGAACGGAAGGAAUGUUAUAUUCCACAGUACUUGGGAUUAGGCAUAAGGCUGGCAAAGCCAGAAUCUGAUAAUCAACCUCAAUUCAGUCUGUCGCUGCUGACAGCUGAUGCAAUAAGUAUUUGA